AGCUGUGGAAUCAGGAGCGUAAAAAGAAAGAAAAAAGGUGAUAACUUUGUUAUGUAAAAUGAAUUUCCUUUUGGGUUUAUGCAGCAAGAUCAGAAAUUAAAGAAAAUGAGUAGACAGAUUCUUGAACGAAUUUAGAAAGGCAUUUUUUUUCUGAAUAAGGGAAAAUUUUCUGACUUUUUUUUCCGAAUGAGGGAAAGUUUUCUCGUUGCCGGAAAAAGAAAGGCUUUUUAGGAAGAGAGACGAUGGUUUCUCAUUCAAGGUGGUGAAAAAAGACCUCCUUCCAUAUGGGUAAUGGCGGCUGCUGAGGCGGAAAGGGGAACCCGUAAAACCCUAGAUUUUGUGCGCUAGAAAUGACAUAUCGUCGAGUUUUGUCGCUUUUCACGCAAUACGUUGCAGCAGAACAGCCACAGAAGUUGCAGAGCCAGCGACCUAGAGAAACCCUUAUCAGCUUAAGCUUCCAUGCAUUAUUUGGUUGUAGAGUUGACGAUUCCUCAAUGCAAGUUGAUUCCAAAAGGUUUCUAAAGUGUGGAGCGGUAGCAGUUCCACACUUUUUUCGGAACAGACGAUCAUUCUUCGCUACAACAGGGUGGAGCUUUUACAGUUUGCCUACUGGCCCGGGGAAUCGUGCAUAUUCUAAAAAGAGUCUUAGAUACACCACCAAAUCGAUACAAAUGAUUGAAAAAGUGAAGAGUGAGAUGGAUGUGAAGGAGGAUUUCCCAGUAUACCCAGCUUUAUCUUCCUAUGAUGCCGCCAUGGAAGCACUGUCAUCUCUCAUCACACGUCGAAACCGAGGUGACCCAUCAUCUACUACUGGUCGAAGUCAUGACAAGUUGGCACGGGUUUCCAUGUAUCUCAAGAUUUUAGGUUUGGAAGAGAAAAUAAAAGAACUAAAAAUCAUUCAUGUCGCAGGGACGAAAGGGAAGGGUUCAACAUGUGUGUUCAGUGAGGCAAUUUUACGAAACUGUGGUUUUCGAACUGGAUUGUUUACGUCUCCUCACCUGAUUGAUGUGAGAGAGAGAUUCCGGAUAGAUGGCCUGGACAUAUCCGAGGAAAAAUUUCUGCAGUAUUUCUGGGAGUGUUGGAAUCUACUGAAUGAGAAGGCCGUAGAUGGUUUUACCAUGCCUCCUCUUUUUCAGUUCCUAACUGUAUUGGCAUUCAAGAUUUUUGUAUGUGAGAAGGUGGAUGUUGCUGUUAUUGAAGUAGGUCUUGGCGGAAAACUGGAUGCGACAAAUGUGAUUCAAGAACCGAUUGUCUGUGGAAUUACUUCCCUUGGAAUGGAUCAUAUGGAGACAUUGGGACAUACACUAGCUGAGAUUGCUUCUCACAAGGCAGGAAUUUUCAAGCCUCAAAUCCCCGCCUUCACAGUACCACAACUCUCUGAAGCAAUGGAGGUUCUUCAAGAAACAGCUAAAUACCUGAAGGCCCCUCUAAAAGUAGCUGCACCUCUUGACAUUAAAAAGUUAGAGGGAGUUGCCCUCGGUUUGUCUGGUGAUCAUCAGCUUGUAAACGCGGGACUUGCUGUCUCUCUUUCCAGGUGUUGGCUUCAGAGGACCGGAAACUGGGAGAAGAUCUCUCCAAAUGGAAGUUACGAAGAUGAGAUUCCCGAGGCAUUUCGUCGAGGUCUUGAAAUGGCACAGCUACGUGGAAGAGCUCAGGUUGUUCAUGACAUAGUUUCAGAUCGUGAUGACUCAUCAGCCACGAAGGAAAGUCCAUGUGGGGACCUGAUCUUUUACUUGGAUGGAGCCCAUAGUCCCGAGAGCAUGGAGGCCUGUGGCCGAUGGUUCUCUGCUUCUGUCAAAGGAAAUAAACGUCUGUCUCCUCCGCCAUUGUCUUCUUUCGAAGGUGUCAAUGGUUACAUCAAACACGACGAGUUUGGUAGAGACUCCAACAGAGUUUCGAAACAGAUUCUUCUGUUCAACUGCAUGGAAGUGAGAGACCCUCAAAUUUUACUUCCAAGGCUCAUCAACACUUGUGCUUCCUCAGGCACUCAUUUCUCCAGAGCCCUUUUCGUCCCGAGCUUGUCCACUUACAACAAGGUGAUUUCGGGUGCAUCAACCAUCCCUUCAGAUUCACUUAGAAAGGAUUUGGCAUGGCAAUUCAUGCUACAAAGACUUUGGGAGAGAUUAAUCCACGGAACAGACCGUCAAGCAGAUGCUGCACUAGAUGGAAUACCAACCUUACCACCGCCCGAAUUCCUCUAUGGAGACACUUCUCAUUGCAGUCCUUCACAGAAACCUGUCUUGUGCAGUGCGGUGAUGCCUUCACUUCCAUUGACCAUAAAUUGGCUCAGAGACUGUGUCCGGAAAAACCCUUCUCUGAAACUGGAGGUUCUGGUGACGGGUUCGCUUCAUCUUGUCGGCGACGUUCUCAGGCUGCUAAAGAGAUGAUUUUACCUACUCAAGAUACUGUCAAAGAUCAAUCAGUUCACAGAGAUAUCAACAUCCUUGUGAUAAUUUGGCUUAACUCAGUUCUUCUGCUGUUGUAACUGUCUCUUGCUGCAUUAUUUCUGUCCGAAUGAUUAUCAAUAUCGAUUUCCUAUUUUCUA